GCCUAACCGGGAGCCUGUUCGCAGGCUACCGUAGAAAUAAAGCUGCGUUUCCAAAUUUCUCCGGCGUACUGUUGACGGGGCCUGAGUUCUAGUUGUCCCAGCGACAGCCUAGCGAUGAAUUAGUUUCCUGUUCUUAAUACCGCACAACAGUUAGCUAUAGGCACGUACUAAGCUAUAGGAAGCUAGCGAGAGAAAUUCUUACACAUGCAGCAAAAUAAUGAAUAUACUUCUUGGAGAUGGAAAAGGAAACUUCAAGUCAAAUAUGCACACAAGUGCUGAAUUUCCAUGGUUUAUUUGGCCUCGCUGCAACAGGUGGCGUGAAAUGACCACCAGUUGACACAAAAUACAUCAGUUUUAUUUCCAAUGAUCUCGGCACCUUAUCCAAGAAAACAGAUUAAGAGGUGAGGAAACUUAUCGAUUUAUUUUGUAAAUGACGCCAGCGAAAUCUGACUUUUGGCAGUAAAAAUAUUGCUGGUGUUUCGUUUGUCCCYUCCCUCAUGCAUGCSUAAAUUKUUCGACUCGGAGAAUUAACACUGGAUACAGUAUCUGAUUUCGUGCMGGAAUUACUGGUGUAUUCAACUGUGCGGUAGAGUAGACAGAGCURUUGAUGUGUUUAGCUGGCCUACAAUCAAGCUCUUUUAUUGCAAACCGCCGGRAAGACAAGCUCGUUCUAAAAGCCACCGARAACAGAUCAAAAGGGCUGACCUUGKCUGAAGUACACCAAAACAUUAGAUGGAAAAUUUGCAAGAAGGAGAAUUAACUCYCAAAGAGAACCAGGAAAACAAGGAAAACCAAGUGGGAUCGAAAACACGCRACGAAAACAACGAAGGAGAAGAACCGAGCUCUAAAKCUGGAAAUAAUACGAAAUCACCGCCUAAAAAGUUCUAUUUUGUUUCUUUGAUCGGGCCAGGUUCAACGACCAGCGGGGAUUUUACAGCAAUUCAUGUGUUUUAUCUUCUAGUCUUUCUUCUUGUUAUUGUAUCGUCUUAUGGCUUGUUCUAUCCCAGUGUGAACACUACGCUGGCCGAGAAAGUCUUCUGUACUACUAACAAUCGGACUUCGUCGAAAAAUUGUCAAACGAUGUUGCCUUACUCGCUAAUUUACAGAAUCUAUUUCGCCACCUCGAUCUUCUUUAUGGUUCUUUACUUCCUGUUUUGUUAUUUUUCUGAAAACAGUAAUCUUUGCAUUAAAGUUCACUCAGGAUUCUGGAUUCCAAAACUUGCGCUCCUUUCGCUGCUCGCAUUUUGCGCGCUUAAUAUUCCAAGAAGUGGUUUUGGAUUAGUGUGGAUGUAUUUUGGAAUUGCUGGAUCAUUCCUAUUCACGUUAAUACAGUUUGUAUUUUUGGUGGACUUCGCAAAAGGCUGGAACGAAUUUCUCACGGACAAGAUGGAAAAAAAUGCGUCCGCAAAGUUCUGGAACUUUUUGCGGUUAUUAUCUGCGGGUGCCAUGUUUCUGUCGUCAUCAAUUGUGGCUGUGCUACUGUUCACAUUUUACAGUAAACAAGACAGUUGCAGAACAAAUUUAUUACUGCUCACGGGAACUUUUGUUUUGUGCUUAGUAGCCAUUGUUAUUUCCGUUUUUUUGGAUUCAUGGUCAGAGCGAUUACUGCAAACCAGUUUCGUGACGAUGUACACCACGUAUCUGACGUAUGCUUCGCUCAGAUACGGACAGAGUGAAUGCAACGCGGAGCGAGAUUACGCGAUUAAAAUUGGGAACGAACCUGACUUGAAUUUAUAUUCGGUUGCUAAUGUGCUAAUUAUUUUCUGCCUUUUGGCUUUCGCUUGUUUGCGGGAACCACAAACGUAUUAUAGAAAAUUUGGAAAGCGCAUGAUUUCGAGCGGAAAGACAACAGAGGUGUUGAAGAAUUCCUCGCAAGCUAAAGAAAGUUACAGCUCUUCAUUUCUAUAUUUUAUAUUUUCGAUGUUCUCGCUUCACACAAUGAUGGUAAUUACUAAUUGGUCCAACCCAAGGGAAACAGAUUACGGGGAGAUAGCUGUAAACUGGAUUGCCCUCACGGCGAAAACCUUUGCCAUCCUUGUCACAAUAUUCUUGUACAUUUGGAGCCUCAUCGCUCCAAGCAUCUUUCCUGACCAAGAAGUACACUCCAUACAAGGCAUUAUGACGUCACUUGGCACGUUCAUGGGGAGAACGCUCUACACACUGUUCAUUCAACCGUGUCCAUUGUGGAACCAAUCAAAAUCGACGAGGUUUAUCUACACGUUCUUCCUAUUGGUUGGCACGGCUGUUUCGUGCGCGAUGUAUCUUCCCGCCACGCGCCGCGCGCUCGAGAGCAACGCGUACUUUUGUAAUAAGCUUACGAGAAUGGGAAACUGUCUGAGCAUGGAUCCGGCUUACUUAGCAGUGUACAGGAUUUGCUUUUCAAUGGCCGCUUUCUUUCUUUUGUUCGCGCUGAUUCUUUACUCGGUUCAAUUAUACAGUGAUCCCAGAGCUUUGAUUCACAAUGGAUUAUGGCUUGUCAAGUUUGGCCUAUUUUUCGGCCUAGUUCUCUUCACAUUUUUCAUUCCUAUGGAAUUCAGUAAGGUUUGGAUGUACCUGGGUCUUGUGGGAACUUUUGUUUUCAUUAUCAUUCAGUUAUUUUUGCUGGUGGAUUUCACGCGCCUUUGGAAUAAAACGUGGGCGCGCAAAAUGGAGGAAAGUGGAAGGAAAUGCUGGUUUUACUCCGUAUUCGCUUGCACUGUAAUUCUUUACGCAAUUUCUGCCACGGCCAUUGUUUGUUUUUACGUAUUUUUCGGUGCUUCGCGUAGAUGCAAAACAAACAAGAUGUUCGUGAGUAUAAACCUUGUCCUGUGUGCAGUGGCAGGAAUUAUUUCAAUUCACCCAAAGGUUCAAGAUGGCGGAUUGCUGCAAUCUUCCGUGGUGACAACAUAUUCAGUUUACCUGACAUGGUCAGCGUUGUCUUACAAUCCUAACGAGCGUUGUAACCCUGUUGCGACAUACGUGUCCGAAGCAGACAUGAGACCCAGUCUUAACAUUCAAGCCUCGUUGGACCUGUUUUUGCUGGUAGUCACGAUUAUAUACUUCAGCGUUCGUAUAUCCCCGAUUACCGACACUUUACGAAAACUGAUCGCGACUUCACUUCGGCUCAUCAUCGGGCUUCGUCGUCGGAAAGUCAAAGACGGCGAUGAAGAGUGCCCGAAUGAAGACCGAGGAAACGACGACGCAGUCACCGAGACUGAAACACCUUCCGAUGAAUUUGAAUUCUCAGACGGGAAGGUUCCUUACAGCUAUUCCUUUUUUCAUUUUGUGUAUUUUAUCGCUGCAGUUCAUGUGACAAUGGUUUUAACAAACUGGUAUUCUCCAAAAGAUGGCUCGAACAUUAAGCUUUCAAUCGCCUGGGCAGCCAUGAGUAUAAAAAUGACUUCGAGCUCCAUGUGUAUUCUUCUUUACAUCUGGAGUCUGGCGGUGCCUAUUCUGCUUUACAACAAGAAACCCUGUUAACCUUUUUAUGUAGCUAACUUGUGAUGUACGAGUCACGUUUUUCGUAGAAUAAAAUUGUCUUUUGGAUCAAAAAGAACGUCAAGAUCAUAAUAUGCCAAGGUAGAGCAUCAUCAAAGAGUCAAUUAGUAUAGUAUGUAAUCGCAUGAACGCAAGUGCAAUCCACCGUAGGAAAAAAGAUGGCGGCUGUACAUUUUACCAUAAUGCC